AUGAGCAAAGCCGGCCAAGGCGCAAACCUCGUGGAGGAAACCUACCUCUCCUCCAUCCGGAGGGUGCAGGAAAGUAUAGAAAAAAAAAAGCACACCUUAAGAGAAGACAACAACAUACAAAUCAGUUUCAAGGAAUGCGAUUACGCAAUUAAAAAACACACAAAUGAAGUUGCCAAGAUGAUGAAGGAUGCUAGUCACAUGAGAGGAGCGGCGAGCACCAGCAUAAGUGAGUAUUACAGCUGGCUCAUCAAGUGCGAUGGGUUUAUUAAGAGUUUAACGUGUGAAGACAUAAGUAUGAAGAUCAACGAGAUGUUCGAUGUGGUCACUGCGGAGAUAAACAGCCGGUGUAAGCCGGUUCUUCUGUAG